ACUGUUAGGCCUUAGGAUAAAUAAAAAGGGUAUAUGGGUCAUUGUAAUAGGGGAUAUUGGGAGAGUAUAUAUAGGAAAGUCUAAGAAGGGUUUUGGGGGGAGAAUGAAUUAGUUAAUGAGCAGUAGCUCUUGGGAGAGCACUGGGUCUCUCGAAUACCCAGCAACACUGUACUCUUUACGUUUUGCUAUCAAUAUAUCAGCUUACUAUUUCCUAUAAUUGCUACUGUUAAUAUUAAUUGAUAGGAAAUUCCUAUCAAGUGGUAUCAGAGCAAUCGAUCUAUGGGGCAAGGUAAGACGGAAAUUCGAUCGAAACUUCACCAAGCUUCAAAUCAAUUGGAGCUGAUGAAAUCAUCAUUUCACAUGACGAUUGAAAAGACCAUCGAGAAACAUGUAGGCCUGAUGAUGAAUCAACUUACUCAGUUGAUACAAAAAGUCAGAGAGGCACGAAACGCCAACGACGAACAAGUGGUGACUGAGGAUGAGCCGCUGAUGCCUACACAAAGUUGUUCGAGGAUGUUGCUGCCACAAGUAACAAAGGCAGUGAUAACCAUAGAGGAGGACAAACGACGUGACAAAGCUGAUAAGGGUGAAGCAACGAAGAUUUCAGAUCUAAGAAGUGUCUCGCUAACACUUCCAGCCAAACACCAUGACAUGGCUCUUCUACACAUGUCGUCGAAGUCGAACCGUAGCUCACCGGAUCUAAUGAAGAUGAUCAGCACUCAGCUGGAGGAUAAUAACAUUGGGGAGGAGCAACGUUUUCGAUCGCCGACGUCAAGCUCAUGGGAGCUGCACGGCCAACCGGUGCUGAAGAAGGAAAAAGAGCCCCCGGAUCUCCAUGGGAAGACGAAUACAUCUUCAACUAUGAACAACGACGUAGCUCUUGAAGAUCUAUCGUUGCAAUCAGCUCUAAGGAAGCUAGAGAAUAAAUCUUUCCCACCAUUAAAAACCAUGAGUGAUGGUGCCUCCAUUGAAAAACACUCGCUGGUGGAGAAAUUGCGCUGCCGAUUUGCGCCGAAGGAUCAACAUCGUCCACCGUCGAGUGCAAUGCCAGGGAAGCCGCCAAAUUUGGUCGAGGGUGAUAGGGGUGAUCAAUGCCGUAGAGAAAUAAUGUUCUGUUUGGAGGUAGGGCUCACUUCUUUCUUUCUAAACUUAAGGCCCAAAUCAAAACAAAAUAGGGGCCCAGUAAGCAAGACAAAAAGCCCAUAUCUUAAUUUAGGUCACAAUUGGGUCAUGUGGCAUCCAAAGAAUAAUGGUUCAUCAACCAUUUCUCCAUGUCACGCAUUGAAUAUUGGGAAUAUUAAGUCUUCAUUCUCAUGGUAUCUCAAGGUGGUGCAACUUGGGUGCUGUAACUUAGGGUCGGCAACGGAAAAUGAGGUGUGGGUGGUUGGAGCACAACUUUCACGUUCAGCUUUUGGGUAUGACGAAGAGGAAAAGACACCAACUGUUCGUUGGCUUUUUGACAGAGGAAGAAAAGCUUGCUCUCAAGAGUUUCUUCCAUGGCCAAGCUUGCACAACAAAUUUUGGGUCACCAGGACUUGAUGUUCUCAAUUGGAGGGUCAACAAGGCUAUUAAUUUUCUUCUUCA